UCCUGCUUGAUUAUAUUGAUGUGUAUGAGGAUUACAGAGUUGAUCUACCUCGAGAUCGUAUGAGCCGAAACCCUAAAUGAGUCAACCUGCCUAUGCGGAUGAAACCCUCUGGUUUAUAUAGACACCAGGGGUUUCUAGGGUUACAUACAACCGACCUCCAGCCGGGGAUAGAUGCGUCGAUCUAGCCUACUCAACUUGGACGACACGCCAGUCUUCGGAGCUUUCCUUCUUGUUCACGAGGUCGUCACGCAGUCCGGUCUUCAAUAAUACCGCCCAUUAGGUCGGCCUCUAAGAGAUGGGCCGAUCGCCCGAGGACCCCUUAGUCCCGGACUCCCUCAGUAGCCCGAACUGGCCUCUAACGCCGAUGUAUAUGGUCUUCGACAGCUCCUCGUAUCCAGAGUAAUCAGCUUGCAAGGUGAGUUCCCUUUAUGUUUGGCUGGCUUAAACUUGGUCGUUUGGUGAUGUCGUGCCUUUAAAACCGGCACUGCUUAAUCAUAAGGCCUAAAAGCUCGGGUGUGAACAACUCCUCAUCUGACAACCUUUCUGACAAAAGGUCGCGAUAGCCAGUUAUGGCAAAAACUCGAUUCACGGCUCGAAGCCGCUUUCUCAUGGGCACGUCUUGUCAAUGAGGAGAUUGUGCUCCAUGUUUAAGGGGAUAUGAGUAAUGGUCUGGGUAAUCCCGCGCGCUUUCACCGACGCGGUCGUUUCGGGAAGUGGCAGGGCUUGCGGCGCAAUAAACGGGAACCCUUGGUCUUGCGGCCCCCCAUAAAAGGGAAAAAAGAUCCUCAAAGCCACCACAGGCAUUCCAGACUCGACCCCCAUUUCAUUCAAGCUCCAAGCGCGCAGAUUAAUUUCACUUUCCGUCCUCUCCUAGCCGCCCUUUCCCAAGCUCAGCCAUGGCCGGCUCAGGUUCACCAAGGCAAGUGGGAGGUCUCAUGCGUCUCCGACCAGGAUAUCCGAGAGCUGAAGGACGCCGGCUAUCUCUCGCCGGACAUUGCCCACCGUGCGCCGAAGGAAGGCAAGGUGGUGCCUACACCAAAGCCAGGCGAGAGGGUGGUGUUCGUCCCCACUUCAUCCGAGGAUUAGGCUUCCCGCUCCACCCCUUCGUCAGGGGUCUGGUGUUCUACUGUGGGUUAGAUUUUCACAAUCUUCCUCCGAAUUCAUUCAUGCACAUCUCUGCAUAUUCAUCACCCUUUGUGAGGCCUUCCUGCGGGUUCAACCGCACUUCGGCUUAUGGCUCAAGACUUUCAACGUCAAGCCGAAGUCAAUUAGCGGCCAACACGCCGACUAUGGCGGAGCCGUGAUCAGCAAACUCCCCCAGAUCGGAUGGCCGGAGGGUACUUUUAUCGAUACCAUCAAAGCCUGGCAAAAAUAGUGGUUUUACAUCACUGAGCCUCGAGAAGCAAACUGGUCAGCGCCUGUCGAGUUCAGAUCGGGACUCCUCGAGAGGCUAACCUCGUGGGUUAGAAGAGGUCUUGCCUUGGGAUCGUCCUCGGAGGUGAAAGCGCUGCAGAAGCGCAUCACGUUAGGUGGAUGCGAAUAUCGAGCUGACCAACGUUGUUCAGGUCAUGCUCCGCCGCCGCGUCCUUCCCUGCCAGCGUCGGGACACUCCAAUGUGGUCCUACAAGCUUGGCGAACCCGACAUUGUGAGCCAGUUCUACCACACUACCCACGAGAAAUUGUGGAGGAUGUUGUUCAAACCUCAGCAGGAAUGGCCGGCCGGGGAAGAAGACGUCGGUUUGUAUGCCGAUCACCCUCCCUUGGAGGGCUGGCUGAAAAAGGCCGAGAAAAUAAACGGCCCAACCCCCCUGCCUAAGGAUCCCAGGUCACCAUUGUUGACCGCGAUGCUGGUGGUGGCGUCAUACACGGCGCCAAAGAAAAAGGAGAAGAAGAAAAGGGAGACCCGCGAGGGUCUACGCUCGAGGGGUCCUCCGGAUACCAAGUCCGGAGACACCCACACUUCCUCCGCUUACGAGGAAGAGGAUGCGGAGGACGGAGAGGAGAAAGAUUCUCUCCAAAUAAGAAAAAGGGCGGCGCCGGAGGAAGCCAAGGAGGGCUUGCCUCCUCAGGCCCCAAGGAGACCCUGCAUGGGCAAGGUUACUCUGCCCGACGACAACCUGAAUUUCGAUGAGGACUUCGGGGCCUUUGAGAGGGUACCCCUAGGAUCAAACCCUCGGUCCAAAGGUAUGGAAUCCGAACUUUAUUUAAUGGAAUUAUAUCGAGCUUUUGUUAAUAAACAUACGUGCUCCUCUCCCUGUCGCAGCCUUGCCCGAAACCUUCCGACAGGCGAGGUCUCAGAGGGGGGUUCGCCAUCGGACGAGCUAGCGGAGAGCGGGAAUGCGUCCCGUACUACUCUCCCUCAGGCAUCAGACGAGGCUGCAGAGGUGAUAUCCCACCAGGCCCCUCCAAACACGGGGACGAGGUGGUGAUGGCCGAGGUUCAUAGGUCGUCCGCCGAAGACCGAGAGGUCCCAACUGAGGUUCAUGCCUCGGUCACCGGAUCCCAGGAGGUCGAGCGGGACCGUGAUGCGUUCGAGCUUCCUCCGGAGACAGCUCCAGGGAGCUCCGAUCCUCCGGUGUCUUGCCUCCGGUGUCGCCUGUGGCAGAACGGGCUACGGCCGAGUGGCCUGCAAUGAUGGAGGAGGCUCUAUUCGAUUCAUCCAUCGCCGAUGAACAUCGCACCUUUAUGGGUGCGAUUCUACAAAGCAUCCAGUCCGUUGAUAACUGACAUCAAUGGACUGAAGGGAGCCUUAAGCUGUUUGCUGGUAGGCUUCAAGGUAAACCAAGUAGCGUUGGAUUUAUUUACAAGGUUUUACAUGCCUUACAGGUAUAAUAGCCCCCGAGCCAUGGGUGAGUUGAAAAAUUUGCCCGUGGUUCAAAAGAACUUGUGGUCAUGGACAAAAACAGUUCGGGGACCCUUGAUCUGUAACAGCUUAGGGGGGGUACUUCGGCUGAAUGUCCCAGUCCCGUUAGCUCAGAUGCUUAUCAAUCCCUAACUUUUC